GCUAAUAUUAACUAUACCGGGUUCGAAUUUAGUAAUUCCGUUAUUAUUUUCGGGGUAAGACCUAUUAGGCUAUUAUUUACUUAUUUUACUAUUUUACGCGGGGCUUUUAAAAUCUAUAUUAUUAAUUAUAUAAAAGAGCGCCUCGGGCUUAUAACUUUUAUGAAAACUAUCCUAAUUAACUUUAUGAAUAAAAAUCCCAUUACCUAA